AUGGGUGCCCUAGACUUCGCUUGCCCAGGUCCCGACCAUUCGAUAAGAGGAGAUAUGGACAAGCUAAAAGGAAUGGUAGAUUUACUUAUCAAGGACAAGGGCGGAUGGAGACCGCUGGGGUUGGCGGCAGGGAAUGGGCGUGAGGCAAUGGUCAAGCUGCUGCUCAAUACUGCCAAAGUCGACCCAGACGCCAAGGAUUGGGAUGGACGGACGCCGUUAUGGCAGGCGGCAGCGAAGGGGCACGAGACCAUCGUCAAGCUGCUGCUCCAUACUGCCAAAGUCGACCCAGACGCUAGGGACGACGAUGAACAGACGCCGUUAUGGCAGGCGGCAGUAAAGGGGUAUGAGGCAAUCGUCAAGCUGCUGCUCGAUAUUGGCAAAGUCGAACUAGACGUCAAGGAUGCAAACCACGGUGUUAAGGUGGGGUAG